GUCUUAAAUGAGAAACUACACGAAUGUGUGAUCCAUUCAUUUCACUUCCCUGAGAGCGAUCGGUUGCGCGAGGAGCUUCUGCAAGAGGAUAUAUAAGGCAAAGGAAAAGCAAGAUGAUUCUGAUAUUGCUGACACUUCUGCUAUUCACGAGUGGCUCUGUCGUUGAACUAAAGUCUGGCUUCAUUGGACAGGAUGUACUUUUACCUUGUAUUUGUUCUAAUGACCCCGACGAACUGAUAUGGCAGAAUGGCAAUGUAAUUGUGAAUGGUUAUUCAAAAGAUGAAAUCAUCAUCGAUGCUUUCUACAAGGACAGAACACAACUCUUCCUGAAUAAUGAGAAAGGAAACUGCUCCCUGCUGCUGCUUAACAUUACUUUGAAAGAUGAAGGAGUUUAUACCUGUCAUCUCAUAGUCAGUGUUAGCCCUAGAGUCUCGAAAACUACAAAACUAAAAGUUAAUCUAACAGUGUCCGAAAAGGCCUCUACACACGAUUAUCGGAAUGAACCAAGUAGAGAGGAAUCUGCCACAGCCGUCUCUAUUAGUGUUCCCAUACUAGUAGUGGCAGGUUUACUGGCUAUUGUGCUUCUGGUCCUACUGUUAAGAAGACGACACCGGAGAAACAAUGACACUUAUGUACCAGCCCAGAACAAAAUACCAGAAGAAGUGUGACCUGGCGUGGAGGUAUAAUGGACUAAACUGUAAAUGUGGGGUUCUUUACCACAACAUGGACAGUAUGAGGCCUGAGGCAUGAAUAUAUGCCUUUAUAAAUGGGCAUUACGAAGAGGUGGAUACUGAGUCGGGAUGACCGUCGCAAUGCCUUCAGUUGCAGCACUGUUACUCGACCACCACUGACUUGUGAAUACACUGUGAAUAUUGUAAGCAUUACAGUUUUGUAAAUAGGAAAGAUUCUUCUUGUAGGAAUCGUCUUUAUUCAUUCUUUGAAGAACAGAUGUAACAGGUGGAGGAUGUGCAGAUGAGGCAAAUGGGUGGUCUUAGUUUUAGGCUUUUCAGAUCACCUUGUUUAUUAUUCGUAAGCAUACUGCAGUCAUUUAUUAAGCACAUAUCAUGUAAGCAUCUUUACAUUUACUCCUGUAUAGGUUGUCUUUUUCAUUUAUGUGGAAGAAAUUUAUGGCAGUCCCUAUGGGAAAUGUUUGCUUUUUUACUGUAUUUAAUUUCAUUUACUUUUAAAUGAAUUCUGUGCUUCAAACCUGCUGAGGCAAUAAAACUUUCACAUAUA